AUGGGUAUUUCGAGCGACCAUGGAUCUCAGGGUCCAACGGUUGCUGGUAUCUCUCUGGCCUUUGCGGUCCUAACUUUUUUCGUCCUGGUGCUGAGACUCUUUGCACGCAUCUAUGUUCUGGGAAAGAUGGGUCUCGAUGACUACCUCAUUGUUGGAGCUUGCUGCUUAUCUUGGGCAUUCAUUGCCGUCACUAUCAUCGCCGUCGAAAACGGACUUGGGCAACACUAUGAGUAUACUGAUAAGACCAAGCUUGUUGCCUAUGCACAUGCCGUAUGGUUGAGCUCCAUGUUCUACCUCGCAUGUCUCGGCUUUGUCAAAACAUCAGUACUAUGGUUCUACACUCGUCUGGGAGACCGCUAUCUCACUCGCAUUUCAUACAUCAUGAUUGGAGUGAUCGUUUGCCAGGCCACUUCCUUCGUGCUCGUUGCGGCUUUCCAAUGCCAGCCGAUCAGCAAGGCAUGGACGGGCGCUGCGGGCGGAAAAUGCGUUAAUAUCAACAUUUUCUACCUCGCCAAUGCCGGUCUGAACAUCUUGACCGAUCUCCUCACCUAUACCCUCCCUAUCAGAGUUAUUUUCAAACUCCAAAUGCCACAAAAGCAAAAGGUCGCCCUCAUUUUCAUUCUCUGUCUUGGUCUUUUUGCUUGUGUCUCCUCCAUCAUCCGAAUCACUUACAUUCCUGCUAUGCUGAAAUCGGCCGACUAUACCUACGCCAUCAGCGCUGCAAUGUACUGGUCCGUCAUCGAGACCAACGUCGCCAUAUUCGCAGCCUCAAUCCCCUCCUUCAAAGCCAUUGCCUCACGCUUCCUGCCCAAAUUCAUCGGCGAAUACAGUAGUGGCCGCAAGUACGGCCCCUGGUCCGGUACUCCCGACGCACGCCGCUACGGUUCCGGCUUUACCAAGUUCACCGAUCCGAACAACAAUACAAUGAAUGGCCGGGAUGAUAUAGCGAUGGGCACGCAGAUCGGAGCUACUAUGGCGGACAACUCGAGCGAGGAGCGGAUUAUCGUUCCCAAUGGAAAGAUCUUUACGCAAACGGAGAUUGAGACGACCGUUGAGUCCAAUCAUGAGUACCGUCCGUCGAUGGAGCGGGCUCAUCGGCCGAAGGCAAGCAUUUAA